AAGAAAGUAAAUUAGGUUUUGCUGGGGAGUGUUUAUAGCUUGAGCUGUCCACGACUCUGAGCAGCAGCACAUAUAUGUUGAGAUUUCUGUUCCCUCUAACUACAAAACUUAUUGUUUUCUGAGUUUUGUGUCUCCAGUCUGCGGGGAUGGGGACACAGCUGUAACCUACAGGCCUGAUAAGCAGCAGAAGAGCUCCCCCCUUUUACAGGCAAGACUACACUUGGACAGGAAGUAAAAAGAGAAAAGCAAUAUUUAGUAGAUGCAUGUAGAAAAUGCAGUGAGCUUUGUGUUGCGUUUCAGUAUUUUUUUUUUUUUUUUGGUGUGUGUGUCAUUAAACACAAAACAGAUCGAAUGGUAAACAGAGACGUUCAUGUGUUUUAUGACAAUAGCUGGUAUUUACAGGGCGUGGCAUUGUCUGAGUAACCCUUUGUGUGUAUUCAUUGACAGAUUGCUUCAAAAGAUAUAUAGCUUAUGUAAUUAUCUUUUGCUUUAUAAGGAAGCUUGUUACAUAAUCUGAGAAGAAAGUUGCUUAUAUAAACCUUACUGAUCUGUAUAUAAAAUAUAUAAUUUCUGAUUUGCUCCUUUAAAGAAAGUGGUUAUGUCUGAUUGUAUUAAGUGCCUUUCACUCACUGUUAGCAACAGGUCAUCUAAUGGUUUAAUGGCUCUUUGUUACUUUCACAGCUAUAGCCAUAAACUUUGAUGUAUUUCAUUAGGAUUAUAUGUGACAGAUCAACACGAAGUACCAGACUGAAGUCUUUUUGCUGCCUUUAAGACGUUUUCUUCCAGGAAUUAUCUCUAUCCAUUUUCCCAUCUACUAUAACGAUCUUUUGAGACUUGAAGAGGAAUAUCCGUAAAGCAGCAAAGUGCAGGCUAGCAGCAGAAAGCCUGAACAAGUAACCAACUCAUAAAUGGCAUCUGGUGGAAGUCUCUUAACCGAGGAACACUUACUGUGUCCCAUCUGCCUUGACGUCUUCAAGAAACCCGUUUCCACUCCAUGUGGACACAACUUCUGCCUGCCCUGUAUAUCGAGCUACUGGGACACCACGUUUGUCAGCCAAUGUCCAGUCUGCAAGGAAGACUUUCCAAACAGACCCAACCUUAAGGUCAACAUCUUCAUUGCAGAUCUGUUGUCACAGUUCAAGUCUCUUCAAGGCCUGAACGUUCACAGCCAAAGGUCAGCAGGUCAGCAGCCAGUCAGCUGUGGCAUCGAGGUGCAGUGUGACUUCUGCAGCAGCCAGGCUGUGAAAUCCUGUCUUGACUGUGUCUGGUCGUACUGCGACGGCCAUCUUCAGCCUCAUGACAGCGUUUCUGAGCUAAAGAGACACACGCUGGUUGGUCCUGUGGAGAGUUUGGGGGAAAAGGUGUGCAGGAAGCAUCGCAGGCUGAUGAUGCUGUUCUGCAGGAACGACAACACGGUGCUUUGCGACCUCUGCAUCGGAUCGGGGCACGCCAACCACGAUGUGGUUUCUGUGCAGAGUGGAUACGACGAUAUGACACUUCAGGUCUUGAGAAAUGAGGUCAAAGUGCAGCGGAUGAUUCAAGAAAGGACGCAGAAGAUCCAAAACACAAAGGAGUCGCUGAUGCAAGGAAAGACGGAGACAAAUAAGCUGAUAGAAAAUGGAAGUUGGGAUCUAACGCAGUUGGUUACUGAGAUUAAGAGGACCCAAGAGGAACUCGUUAAGGUGUUUGAAGAGAAGCAGAAAGAAGCAGAGAACCAAGCAACGGAUUUAAUUACAGACAUGGAGAAAGAGAUUUCUUGUUUGAAGGUGACGGCAAAGAAUCUGGAGGAACUGAAGGAGCUUAAAGACCCAGUGUGUUUUCUCAAGCGGUACCCAAACCAGUCCCUCCUCCCACACACCAUGGACCUGUCCACACUCAACUUCAUCAGGCACCUGGAGGUGAAGUACAUGCAUAAAUCUGUGAGAAACUCAGUAUGUCACAUGCAGGACUUACUGGGUAAGCUGAACGAAGAACUCAACAGAUUCUCAAACAGCACGGACACAUCAAACAAGGCAACGCUCAGGUACAUGCAGCAGUACGGGGAGGACAUUGUGCUGGAUUUUGACACAGCUCACCCCAUGCUCACCUUAUCCGCCGAUGGGAAGCAGGUGUGGUACAACAUGGGCACUGGUUUGUGGGGAAACCAGAUCCCAAAACCCAACAUGUUCACUCAGCAUCUCGCCGUUGUGGGGCAGAGAGGAUUUUCCUCACGCAGGUUUUACUUUGAGGUUCACGUGGGACAAAAGACAGAGUGGUGUCUGGGCGUGGCAACGGCGUCACUCCAGAAGAACGGGGCGAUAGUUCGGAGUCCAAACUCCGGACUCUGGGCCAUCUGGUUCUUGGUAGACAAGUUUGAAACCUUCAGCUCGCCAGGCGAGGCGGUGCAUGCAGGGAAAGUGGAGCAUGUCGGGGUUUUUGUUGACUACAACGGAGGUCAGGUAUCGUUCUUUGACGUGGUCAGAGCAGUACACAUUUACUCGUUCACUGAGUGCUUAUUUACCGAGGAGCUGUAUCCAUACUUUAAUCCCUGCGAUAAUGAGUAUGGUUCAAAUCUGGAUCCCAUGAUAAUUGUUCCCGUUUCUUCUGCAGAAUGAACAGAGUAUUUACAGAACGGCUAUUUAAUUUAGAUUAGAAAACACAAAAUCUUACCACGUAUUUUUGAAAUAGGACAAAACUAACUUACAAGUGACUUUUCAGCAACAUAUAUCAACAAUUAAAUCAAUAAAAGUACCAGAUCCAG